AUGCUUCGGGAUUCCGGAAGUACUGCGAGCAGAUCCGGAUGGUGCUUGCCGCUCGAAAGAGCUCGAUCUUUCCUGGCCCAAGCCGUUCGCACCUGGAAUCAGCGGGAGCCAGUGAGGGGCUACUCACCUUUCCAGUGGAUGAUGGGGAAGGCUCCAGACUUCGAAGACCGGAUGUUCGUCCCCGACGUGCAAAAGUUACCGGGCAGCCUUCUACAUCAUCCUGAAGAUGGCCUGCAGCGGUACGAGGCUCUCCGCAUCUGCAGUGAGAAAUCCUUCAUUGACUGGCAGUAUGGCGAGAAGCUCUCUCGGGCAAAUAGGCAGGGCAAUGGCACAGGCCUCCGGCGAGGGGCAUAUGCUGGCCCAGCGAGAAUCUUGGCCAUGGAGAGCAAGUUUCGGGAUGGAAAAAUCAUGCCAGGGUCAGCAGUAUGGCUGAUCCGUGGGCUGAGACUGGUGAAAGUCACAGUCGAGCAGAUCAGGCCAGCCACUGAGAGAGAGACCCUGGUCCAUGAACUGUCCCAGCGACAGCCUGAACUUCCUUGGACCAUCACCAAACUGGCAGAGGAACUGGGACCUCACGACUACGACGACGUGACAAAGGAUGGAGCGCCUGGACCUCUACAAGACCCGGACGAGGUUGAGGACAUGGAGGAAUCAGAGCCUGAGCUGAUCCCGGCGGAACCACAACCACCCGAAGAACCGGGAGACCUGACCCGCCAUAGAGUUCGCUUCAAGAGGAGGCCAUGGACCUUCCUCAAGAAGAAGCAUGGCACGCACAGGUUCAUCCAACGAAGUGGCCAAAAGGCAAGAACGCAUAGGUUGGACAUCAACCAUGCGGUCGAGAUUGAGGUGGACCUGCCUAGCUCCAAGAACAAGAUGGAACAGUUCCUUCGUGACCCCACACAGUUUUUCAUCAAGUCCCUGAAGCGCAAAACGAUUGAGGUCAGCGAGAAGCGCAUGACCGCUUCUGAGCGAGAGAGCUUCAGUGGUGCAAAAUCAGUGGAGGUCCGCAAGUUCUUGGGAGCAAAAGCUUUCGAAGCUCUACCUCCAGGGCUGGUUCCAGACAAGGAACAAGCUCUUCGCAUGAGGUGGAUUUUGACAUACAAACAGACCGAGGAAGGCGGCACCAAACCAAAAGCCCGUGCUGUUAUCCUCGGGUUCCAAGACCCGGAGUACGCCAACCGCCCGACAUUCGCGCCGACUAUGACGCGGACGAGCCGACAGCUACUACUCCAGUACAGUGCUUGGAGAGGCAUGACAUGCUGGAAGGGCGACGUGUCCGGAAUGGGCCUGCCAGCCGGCAGCAUAUGCCGGCUGCGCAAGGCCUGCUACGGCCUGGUCGAAGCACCGAUCGAAUGGUUUGAAACGGUGAAUAGCUUCCUACAGUCCCUGGUAUAUAGACAACUCCGCAGCGAUCCAUGUACAUGGAUCUACACUGAGGAGGGCAGGGUAAUCUCCCUCAUCAGUGGCCACGUUGACGAUUUCUUGUUCUCUGGCUUUCCAGGCUGCCCGACGUGGGAGCGACUUCGGAAAGCCAUCCAGGAGAAGUUCGAGUGGCAGGAAUGGGAGGAGAACGAGUUCACCCAAUGCGGAGUUCGAGUCCACAGGCUACCUGACGGCAGCUUUCACUUGGACCAGCACCAGUAUGUUGAUGGCAUUCCAGCCAUCAACAUUCCCAGGGAACGGCGGAGGAGCAAGCACGAGCCCACCACGGAACAGGAAAAGUCCCAGCUCAGAGCCUUGUACGGGGCACUAAGCUGGCACACUGGUCAGGUGGGCUACAAGUACAGUGCUCAUGUGGGCCUAGGGCUGUCAGAGAUUCCGCUUAGCACGGUGGAACACCUGGAACAGGCGAACAAGUUGCUACUGGCGGUCAAGCAGGACAGCGUCCCCCUCAAGAUACAUUCCUUCCCUGAGGCGACAAAUCUGGUCAUGGUGGCAUGGACUGAUGCCAGCUCACAGAACCGGCACGAUGGUAGCUCCACCGAUGGCAUCAUCAUUGGAGCCACUCCCGAAGGGAUCUGUGACGGCGCUGUCUCCAAAGUGAGUCCAGUCUUCUGGCGUUCUGGGAAGAUAGAAGGAACCUGUCGGUCACCAGGAGCAGCCGAAGCCCGAGCAGCAGUGGAUGCAGAGGACAGCCUGUACCUUCUACGGUAUGCCUGGGCCGAGUUCUGUGGCCACGUGUCCAACGUGUGGGAGCCAGAUUUGCACGUCAAGCGGGUCACGGGUGUCUUG